AUGGAGGAAAACAACGAAUGUAUCAAGACUAAAUCACUUAAGGAUCUCUCCUAUAAUUUACUUGUUAAAUUAAUACAAUAUGAAAGAUAUAUGAAUGAAAUUGAAAAUUCGCUUGAAUAUUUAAAUACGAUACGACGAGUUCAACAUUACCGACAAAAUCAUGAAAAUUAUUUCGAUAAAUCGACGAAGCCACGCACGCACUAUGAAAACAUCGAUUUUGUUGGCGUUAUAUUAGUCCACGUAGCCGAUAUUAAAGAAGAUUGUUAUAAUUUACACGACGUAGAGAAAGAAGUUCUGAAUUCGGUAAUUGCAUUCGAUUUCCGAAAAGCUGAAGGGACAGUUCCAGUGUGGGGUUUUGACUUACCACAACCCUUAGCUUACCUUGCUGCUUGCAUUUACAAUGGCGAGAUAUAUAUUACGGGUGGCUUAAAUGAGGAUCGUCAAUGUUCCAACAAAGUAUGGAAACUAAGUAGACAAAGCAAGACUUGA